UCAGAGCGUUUCUAUAUACGGAAUCGGAAGCUAAGUGGCUGAGCCGAGUAUAUACAUAUACUUGGCUAAUCGGAAUAUCGCUUAUCAGUCGAAACAGAGUCCAGCUGGCAGAGCCCUUUGAAAUUUGGGCAACAGUACAGUCGUACGCCUCCCAGUGAUCGCAAGUGGAAAGUUCUUCAGUCGCGUUAUACCCAAGUGUCCCGAAAAUCCUUACACCAGAAAUAAUGGCAAAGAGAAUGGACUUAAACAGGCGCACCUUUUUGGUGCUGAGCGGCAGCUCGAAUCCUUUGGGUCAGUCCCUGGCCCUGGAGUUUUGCCGUCGCCUGGCCCCCGGAUCCUUGGCUCUGAUCUUGGAUGAAGAUCAGGAGCAGCUUCGGGAAUUGGAGAAUCACCUACAGGGCGAGCUGAAAACGAAAAACGUUCAAGUGAUGACUGGGAGGCUGGACAAGAGCCACUCAAAUGGUGUGCAGCUAAUGGAGGAGACUUUGAAGGACCAUUUCGAGGCUCAAAGGGACACCCAGCGAUUUGAGCGAUCCGUAAUCGUACACAACGAAGGACAGGCGGCCACUCAUGUGCUCGUGGAGCCCCAGGGCGUCGAGGAGUGGAAGGACUAUGUCCAGCACCAACUGUAUGCUCCGGUGGCCCUUAACCAGAUGUGGCUGCAAUCGAAGUAUUUGGAGAAGGUGGAAAAGCUGGCGGUGAAUGUCACCUCCUCCCUGCUGGUUCGUCCGUUGGUCUAUUCGGGACUACUCUGCUCCUGCAAGCAGGCCAGGGAUAUGUAUUUCCGCGCCAUGGCCUCCGAGGAGUAUCGUUUCGGGGUCCAAGUCCUCAGCUUUUCCCCUGGACUGAUGGCCACCCACGAAAGCCAGUGCGAUGUGAACGGAAACAGGAUCAAUCCCGUCGAUCUGGUCGCCUCCAAGCAGACGGUCCAGCUGCCCAGGAUCCAGCCGCGCCAGGCCACCCUCAAGCUGAUCAACAUCCUGGAGGAGAUCUCCUUUGUCUCCGGUCACGAUGUCGACUACUACGACACCUUUGUUUUAUGAGUAGCACCGUGGGGGUGGGCUGCGUCCCCGAUGGACUCGGUUCUGAUUUUGGUUGAUGAUUUGAUUGCUGUUUUUGAUUUGACUGCCUUGGAAACUAAUAAAAUCUGGCUUAUGAUCCUGAAUUUAAACCUGAAA